UGGACUUGGAGAACUCAGUGCCAGCCAAGUUCAGGGCAGGUGGAGUACGAGCCCCGCGCCUUCAGCACCGCACCCCGAUUCCUCGCCCGGUCCUGCGCAGCCCGGCUCAGAGCAAACCGGUUGUCACCAUGGCAUUCGCAAGUUGGUGGUACAAGACGCAUGGCCAUGAAAAAAACAGUGGAUCUCCUUCCAGGUCAGGAGAAAAGAAAGGAGAAGAUCAGAAAAAAGCAACAAGCCAUGGGAGCAGUCAGCCCUCCAGAACCCAUGCUGGUGGAACAGCCCCGGCCGCCAAGGUAUCUACUUCCUCUGCAUCAACCAGCAAGUCUUCCAGCAUGAAUCCCACUGAAGCCAAGGCCAUUCCAGUCAGCAAAGAGGUGAAAGGACUGCAUCCUCCUAAUAGGAAAAGACACAAAAGACAGGCUGUAAAAACAGAACCUGAGAAGUUACAAUCAACUAAGCCACCUGUGAUUCAUGAGAAACAACCUCCAGAAGUAAAGCCAAAGGAACACACAGAGCCCAAAAGCCUACCAAAACAUGCAUCAGAUACAGAAAGCAAGCAUGCACACAAACAAAAAGCAGUUUCCAGAUCAAGUGAGCAGCCAACACCAGAGAACUCAACCAAAGCAACGACUAAAUCAGGGGACAUGAUUUCUGCUGGUGGAAAGAGUGCUGUUGCCAAUGUAGCUGCGGCAUCUGGCAAGUCAGAUGACAAGCAGAAAAAAGAAAAUAAGUCAUUAACAUCGGCAGUACCAGUUGAGUCCAAACCGGAUAAAUCGUCUGGAAAGUCAGGCAUGGAUGCUGCUUUGGAUGACUUAAUAGAUACUUUAGGAGAACCUGAAGAAACUGAACAAGAUAAUACAACUUAUACUGGACCUGAAGUUUCAGAUCCUAUGAGUUCUACCUACAUAGAAGAAUUGGGUAAAAGAGAAGUCACAAUUCCUCCAAAAUACAGGGAGCUUCUGAAUAAAAAAGAAGGAGUCACAGGGCCUCCUCCAGACCCUUCGAAACCCGCGGGGCCCGAUGAAGCCAUUGAUGCCUUGUCAUCGGACUUCACCUGCAGCUCUCCUGCCCCUGGGGGAAAGAAAACUGAGAAGAAAUCUACGGGAGAAGUGUUAAAAGCUGAGUCAGCCAGGGUAAUCAAAAGUGCUGUUCCACCCCUUGAGAAAAAAAGAAAGGUGGAGGAGGACACAAUGAGCGACCAAGCCCUGGAGGCUCUUUCCGAAUCGCUGGGACACCGGAAGUCCGAGCCUGAGCUCGACCUCAGCUCCAUUAAGGAAGUCGACGAGGCAAAAGCCAAAGAAGAGAAACUAAAGAAGUGUGGUGAAGAUGACGAAACAAUCCCAUCAGAGUACAGAUUAAAACCUGCCACGGAUAAAGAUGGAAAACCACUACUGCCAGAGCCUGAAGAAAAACCGAAGCCCUUGAGUGAAUCCGAACUCAUUGAUGAGCUGUCAGAAGAUUUUGACCAGGCCAAAUGUAAAGAAAAACAAUCCAAGCCAACUGAAAAAACAGAAGACUCUCGGGCGGCCGCCCCGGCUCCCGAGGCAGACGCGGUGCCUCGGGCCUCCAUGUGUAGCAUACAGGCAGCACCUCCCAAGCCGGUGCCUUCGGGCAUGGUGCCGGACGAUGCUGUGGAAGCCUUGGCUGGUAGCCUGGGGAAACGGGAAGCAGAUCCAGAAGAGGGAAAGCCUGUGGAGGACAAAGUCAAGGAGAAGGCCAAAGAAGAGGAUCGUGAAAAGCUUGGUGAAAAAGAAGAAACAAUCCCUCCUGACUAUAGAUUAGAAGAGGUCAAGGACAAAGAUGGAAAACCACUCCUGCCAAAAGAGUCCAAGGAAUCACUUCCACCCUUGGAUGAAGCCUUCCUUCUCGAUGCCUUGUCUGAGGACUUCACUGGACCUCCAAACACUGCACCACUUCCAUUUGAACAUGGUAAACUUUCAGCUGCCGUCUCUGAACUGGUUUCCCAAACCCCAGCUCCAGCCACCCAAUCUGCAGGCCCACCCCCUGACACUUCGAAUGACAAAGAAAUUGACGACGCCCUUGAUGAACUUGCUGACCGUCUAGGACACAGGCAGCCUGAUCCAGAUGAGGGCAAACCACUAAAGGAUAAAGUCAAGGAAAAAGUUAAAGCUGAACACAGAGACAAGCUGGGAGAGAGAGAUGACACCAUCCCCCCCGAAUACAGACAUCUCUUGGAUAAAGAUAAGGGCAAACCAGUGGCGCCCCCAACAGAGAAACCCAAGGAAUCAAAGAAACCUGAGGAUGGCCGAGACCCCAUCGAUGCUCUGUCAGGGGAUUUAGACAGCUGUCCUCCAACUACAGAAACCUCUGAGAACACAGCAAAGGACAAAGAGGAAAAGACUGCUUCCACCUCCAAAGCACCCAAGAAUAAGGGGAAAGCAAAGAAUUCUGCAAAGGCAAAGGAAGAAACCUCCAAGCCAAAAGCUGAUAAAGAAAAUACGAGUUAAAGUUCCCACUAUUUGGUAUCUACAUAUAAAAUCUUCAGCUGGUGAAUGGUGACUUCUGAAGAACAAAAGGCUUUGACAAUGAAUUUUUUCUGAGUGACUUCUAGACAGUGGAAUUUGUUGAGGUUUUUUGUUGUUGGGUUUUUUUUUUUUUUGACAUCCUAAAUAUCGGUUUCUUAUUCCUUUCCCAGAAAGAAAUUGAAUGUCUGGUUCAUAUGUGUUAUUGUACGGAGUAUUGAUAAACUUUGAAUUUUUAAAAAUUGCCUUGAGUUGGGAGAGAAAGGAACUUUAUAUUUCUAAGAGAUAUAUUUGAUAGUUUCUUAAAGCAACAGACACCCCCAAAAGGAAAAACCUUUGCAAACUUUGCACAUUUUACACACAGUGCCUGUAAAUCUCAGUAUUUUUGGUUUGCACAUAAUUUUUUGUUGCUGUUGUUAGCAUUUGGAAAACAACAACUUAAACAUUCUUUGGUGUUCUGAUUCCUCAUUGCCCCUUUUCUCUUGGGCUUUUGAACUGUAUUUGACGUUUCUUUGGAUUAAUGUUUAUAAGUCUGAUAUAAAAAAUUGUGCAUUGGACACAUA